AGCUAUUCGGGCCAUGCAUCAGCUCGCGUUUGAUGAAUCAUCAGCAUAUCCCCUGGGUUCAAAGGUCGUUCUUCGAGACUUCUAUGUGGAUGAUAUGAUAUCUGGUGGCAAUUCAGUGCGGGAAGUGCGAAACAUUAUGCAGCAAACAACAGGUCUUCUUUCUCGAGGUAAUUUCCAAUUACGGAAAUGGUGCUCCAACAGCCCUGAUGUUCUCGGCGAUAUUCCCCAAACAGAAAGAGAAAGCUUUCUCAAAUUCGAUGACGGCAGUGAUAUCACCAAGGCUCUGGGACUAGUCUGGGAUCCGUUCAAAGACACUCUGUUGUUUUCGUUUUCGCCGAUCAGAUCUGGCAGAAAUUCCAAACGCUCUGUAUUAGCUACCAUAGCUCGUUUUUACGAUACACUUGGCCUACUAGGCCCCACUCUGACAAGGGCGAAAAUUCUUUUACAGCGAAUGUGGAGGGAUAAGCUCGCGUGGGAUGAAAGCUUCCCCCAUUCACUGGAUACGGCCUGGUCUGCCUUUUGUGAAGAUUUUUGUCAACAUUCAACAUUCGUCAUUUCCGCGUCAUGUACUACAGCCUGGAGCCGCGCUUGGAAUUCAUGCGUUUUGCGCCGCUAGCCUUGAAGCAUAUGGCGCUUGUGUAUAUGCUCGCUCAACUAAGGAUAACAACGUCCAAUUACAGUUGCUAUGUUCAAAGGCACGCGUUGCUCCACUGAAAACUCUGACUGUGCCCAAGUUGGAACUCAGCGCUGCCGCUCUGCUUGCGCAGUUAGUAGGUGAGAUAGCCAAGAUGAAGGUUUUUGA